AUGGUGGGUAUGACUCGACAUGUCAAUCGAACUUGUGUUGGCAGUACAUGUGCAGCUGUUUGCAAGGAUAACCAAAUUGCUAAUGAUUAUUACGCAUAUUGUCCGACAAAGAGGGCUGAGUAUUGGCCUGGAAAUGGCUGUUGCAGGGCAGAGAUUCUAUCUGAUGAUCCACACAUCAAUUACCGACCCACGAUAGUUCCACUGGACUGGAGGAUUGGUGCCGUAUAUUGCAAAGACGCGCGACUCAAUCCGACUGAUUAUGUGUGUCAGAAUAACACCGUCUGCAUUGAUUUUGAUGAUACUGUUAGAGGCUACCUCUGCAACUGCUCCAAAGGAUACCAGGGCAACCCUUACCUUAGCCCAGGAUGCAAAGAUAUUGAUGAAUGCGCUGAUAGUGCAACUAAUGCAUGCGUUUCAAAUUCAAUUUGUAUCAAUGUUGUUGGAUCUUAUCACUGCUCAUGCCCCAAAGGAUAUGUUGGUGAUGGCACCCCUUGUAUUAAGGUGUCGCCAUCCAACACCAAGACCAUAAUCUUGGCAGGUAUGGGCUCUGGAUUAGGAUUUCUUGUACUCGCCUUAAUGUCCUUUUGGUUGAUUAGAGCAUUGAAAAAGAGAAGGGAAAAAGUGAUUAAGGACAGAUUUUUCAAACGAAAUGGUGGUCUUCUCUUACAACAACAACAAAAAAAUGAAGGCACAAUUCGAAAAACAAAACUUUACACUGCAAAAGAGUUGGAGAUAGCUACUGAUCACUUUAAUGAAAACCGAAUCCUUGGACAUGGAGGUCAGGGUAUUGUCUAUAAAGGUAUGUUAUCGGAUGGUAAAAUUGUGGCAGUGAAAAAAUCAAAGUUGGUUGAAGAAAAGCAAUUGAAACCGUUCAUAAAUGAGGUGGUUAUAUUGUCACAAAUCAAUCACAAGAAUGUGGUCAGUUUGUUGGGUUGUUGCUUGGAAACGGAAGUUCCUGUGCUUGUUUAUGAAUUCAUGCCAAAUGGCACCCUUUAUGAUCUCAUACAUGAUCCAAAUAAUGAAUUUCCAUUUCCAUGGAACAUGCGUUUGAAAAUCGCAGCUGAUAUAGCAGAAGCAUUGGCCUAUUUACACUCUGCAUCUUCUGUAGCGAUCUAUCACAGAGACAUCAAGUCAAGUAAUCUCCUUUUGGACGAGAAAUAUGUUAGUGUUAAUCUCAGAAUCGUCACAGACCGUUGGAUGUGA